CGGAAGCUGACAGUCAUCUGAUUUCUGUUUUUUUCCUCGUGUGUUUCCUUGUUAGCCAGCGUCAGAGCUAGUCAACAAAACAACCAUACCAUCUUAUUUACCUUUCCCACUUUGUCCUUUUUCUCUUUCUGUAGGAGUUAAAAUAACUCCUUGUCCGCCUCCAGAGACAUGGACGAGACGAGUCCACUUGUCUCUCCGCUCCGGGACUCCGGUGAUUUCAGCUACUGUCCCACAGAGCCCACCAGCCCCCGGGGUGCGUUUGGAAGCACUCCGGGCUCCGUGGUGCGCAUCCCGGCUGGAAGUCCGGGGCGCAGCCGGGAGAGACAGCCGCUUCUGGAUCGGGACCGUGGAAACUCGCCGAGGGAACCGCACAGGAACGAGUUCCCAGAGGACCCUGAGUUCAGAGAGAUCAUCCGAAAGGCCGAACGGGCCAUAGAGGAGGGGAUCUACCCGGAGAGGAUCUACCAGGGCUCCAGUGGAAGCUAUUUUGUCAAAGACUCUCAGGGGAAGAUAAUCGGAGUAUUCAAACCUAAAAACGAAGAGCCCUAUGGCCAGCUGAAUCCCAAGUGGACUAAGUGGCUCCAGAAGCUGUGCUGCCCCUGCUGCUUUGGCCGCGACUGUUUGGUCCUGAACCAGGGCUACCUCUCAGAGGCCGGGGCCAGCCUGGUCGAUCAGAAACUGGAGCUCAAUAUUGUUCCCAGGACUAAGGUGGUGUAUUUGGCAAGUGAAACAUUCAACUACAGUGCCAUUGACAGGGUUAAGUCUCGAGGUAAGAGGCUAGCCCUGGAGAAGGUGCCUAAGGUGGGCCAGCGCUUCCACAGGAUUGGGCUGCCACCCAAGGUUGGCUCCUUCCAGCUCUUUGUCGAUGGAUACAAAGACGCAGAUUUCUGGCUGCGGAGGUUUGAAGCAGAGCCUUUGCCUGAAAACACCAACCGUCAGCUUCAGCUGCAGUUUGAGCGUCUUGUAGUCCUUGAUUACAUCAUCAGGAACACAGACAGGGGAAAUGACAACUGGUUGCUAAAGUACGACUGCCCCAUGGACUCUGUUGGCAAUAGGGACACAGACUGGGUGGUAGUGAAGGAUCCCAUAAUCAAGUUGGCGGCCAUAGACAACGGCCUCGCCUUCCCUCUCAAACACCCCGACUCCUGGAGAGCUUACCCUUUCUACUGGGCUUGGCUCACCCAAGCCAAAGUCCCUUUCUCCCAGGAAACCAGAGACCUUGUCCUACCCAAACUCUCUGACCCAAACUUCAUCAAAGACCUAGAAGAGGACCUCUACGAGCUAUUUAAGAAAGAUCCAGGUUUUGACCGGGGACAGUUUCACAAACAAGUAGCGGUUAUGAGGGGGCAGAUUCUGAACUUGUGCCAAGCCCUGAAGGACGGUAAAUCGCCCCUCCAGUUGGUCCAGAUGCCCCCAGUAAUCGUUGAAACAGCCAGAGCACCUCAGAGAGCAAACAGUGAGUCCUACACGCAGAGUUUCCAGAGCAGAAGACCCUUCUUCACCUGGUGGUAGGAAAGGGGCAGGGAUGCAGAAGAGGAGGAACUGCAGGAAGCUGUAGCAAGGAAAGGAAAGGAGUGAGGAGCCUGCGCGUGCGGAUGGAGGAGAAGACAGAGUCUGGGAGCGCAGGUUUUUGUCCUGGAAAUGGAAAUAAUCUUCCCCCCAGACUUCCUCUACUUCUGGAUAUUUUGGUAACAGAGAGUGAGUUAACGGGUGUUGAGAUGAGGCCAAAAGAGGAAAGAUUUCACAACAUAUCUUCUCAUUUUGCCUCUGUGCCUUGAGUGGAUUAGAAAUGAAAUGUUUAAGAGUUUAAGCUUGUGUACCUUCCUGAGAAAGAUCCAGUGAGAUGACUUUUCUGUUGGACUUCUGGGUGCACACAAUGUUUGCUCACACACAUGCACGCCAGUUGAAGGCCUCUGUUUUUGGGUGGGAGGUGUUGCAUUCCAUGUUAAUUUUGUUUUCUUGUUAUACCUCUCUGCCUUUUGAUAUUCACAUGCAUAUUUGCAGUUAAAUGCACAUGCACAGUUAAAAACCAACCAUCUUUAUUUCAUCUGCCACUGAGCAGAGGGGCAUUGGUGUCUUAAGUCCACCAGCUCCUGUUUGUCUUGGCCAUGUUGAUUUCUGUUCAUUUUCUGGCUAGUGGGUGGACCUAAGUAAACAAAGAAAUAACUUCCUGUACUGAACUGACAUGAGAUGUAUUGUGAAAAUGCACUGUAUAAUUUGUAUGUAAUAUUUAAUGAUAGAUUAUAAUUAAAACAUAUUCCAUUAAUACAGA